AUGUACGGCGUUUUAAUCACUGUUCUGUUGUCUAAGAAGCUGUCUAAUGUCAGCUGUGCUUUCAGGGCCAGCAGCAGCAGUCUAAAGAGCCCCGGCUGUGUCUCCACCAACAGCCAGGCUGAAGGCCCCGCUGCCAGCCCCUUCUACCUCCUCAGCUCAGAUACAGUAUGUGGACUUCAGCAUGUGGAGCCAGGCUGUCGUCAUGUUGUGUUAAAUUGUGACAAGCACAGGGUACAGCCCAACAUCCCAGCUGCUGUAGCUAUGGAGACCGAGGAUCACUGCCCUGCUGCUUUGGUGGCCACAGACUCUCAGCACCCCACACUCAAAUGCCCUUUCCUCACCCCCUCAGCACCCCACACUCUAAUGCCCUUUCUUCUUACACGGGGAGGCUGUUGCCCCAGUCUAUCCAGUUGGAGUGGUGCUGAUCACACAGCUGGAGUGGUCUUUCAGCAGGGCUCUGAAGCAAUUUCCCGGUCCCAGCGGUCCCAGCACACAGCUGCUACCAGAGGCAGUCUUUCAUGGAUACAGGAGGAGUCUCUGAGCAGGUCUACAGUGGAGCGGAUUGGGUCAGACAUCCUGGUUAAACAACAACAACAAGAACAUCAUCAUCAUCAUCAUCAUCAUCAUCAAGCAGCAGCAGCAGCAGCCGCAUCAGCAGCAGCAGCAGCAGCAGAAAAAGAUGACCAGGAACUGUUUAGCCUACAGUCAGCUGAAGUCGUAGAUGGAGUCAGAGGAGAGGGCGAACAGGAAGUCAGCAGUGCAGCUUCCAACAAGUCGCCUGUGCAGGUUCUAUCAUCAACCCCUAAAGCAGGGCCCUGGCAGCCCUUACAUACUGUACAUGACAGCUUCCCCGGGGUACCAGGGAAAUACAUCUACUGCCCCUCCAGAGUGUUCUCCCCCUACAAGGCACAGGGCAUGGGGAAGGAGAUGACCUGGGGGGAGUUCAAACUGUCGAACUUCUUUGAGGCUGAGGGACACAAAGAUUCAAAGAGAAGACAGACAAAUGGACUGCUAACCCACCAAACGACAAAUAUAUCCUCUCGCACGUACACACACGCACGCACUCACGCACACAAGACACACCACUGUGCAUUGUCAGGACUGUUUCUUCUGUUUUCAUAGCCAAGCAAUUGUGAUCUUUAGUUUAAUUUAACUGUAUUCACCUUCACUGGACGUCUGGUCUGAUUCUUCAUCAUCAUCAUCAUCAUCAUCAUCAUCAUCAUCAUCAUCCUCACAUAGUCUCUCAGCACCUUUACAUGCACUCUAGUGUUCCCUAUACGUGUGUAAAUGUGUAAUAUUUUAAUAAUAAAUUAUUCCGUAAAUGUAUACCCAUAUUUAGUUGUUAUAUAAUUUGUUUUAUAUAUAACAUUUGAAUUAUAUAAAUAAGGAAUGUGUCAAUGUCAGUUUUUAUUUUGUGUUUAAGAAUGAUGUUGUUCUUUAUGAAAUAUCUUGGGAGCAUUACUAUCAUUUGAUUGAGGAAGUAAAAGUGAUAGAAAAUGAAAUAAAAUUAUACGUAUAAAUAUA